GAGAGAGCGCACUUUACCACUUUUAUAUGUUGCACGCAUCCAUCUACAGCAGAAAACACAAGGAGGACAAGGCUACUCCACAGACAAGAGAAAGAAAGAAAACCCCAUUUAAAGUUAUUUCUUUUUGUACUGUGCACAUCACAAGAAGAACAAAGAUGGGUUUUUGAACCAUCACAUAAAAGAAAAAGAGAGAGAAACAAAAAAGAAAUAGGGAUAUUGGAGAAAAACAAGAGGAAGCUGUGCGAGUGAAAGAAGAUGGAGGAGAAUGAAUGAGGUGAGGUGUGUUUGUUAUUCUUCUUGUUGUUGUUUUGUUGUUGCUGAAAUGGGUUUGUUGAACACAAGUGCAUGUAUUUGACUACUAGUGCGUUAAAGCUCAGAUCUUUGUCUUUUGUUCUCCCACCUGGUAUUUUGAGGUUAUCAAUUUGUGCACUGAGUCCUUCCUUAACCGAAACCCAUUUUGUUGGUUUUUUUGGGGGUUGUUGAGUUUGUCUUGUACCAACUUGUCGGGGUUGAUUUAAAUGAAGGCCGUGCCCCUACCCUUUCAGGAAUUUAGAGGGAACGGGGUUUUAGAUUUUGCUUCUGUUGCUGCUGUUUCAGAUUCGUUGUUACUCCCGCAGCAAGAGCAGUUUCUGCAAAGGUGGAACCCCCAAAGGGAAAACUUUUGCUAUGUGGGCAUUGAGCCCGCCGUUUCUGGUUUGGACCUCAAAAGGAAAACAAGCAGCCCUCCCACAUCCUCCUCUACACUGUCUUCCUCACGCGCCAGCAGCGGCGGCUGCGGAGGCUGGGGCUCCGCGGAUAGCACCACCGGUGCGGCCACGGCCACGGUGGCCGAGAAGGAGAACAACCCACCUCAAGGAGGGUUAGAGGUUGUUGGACAGGCAAGAUGUGGACUGGGAAUGGAGGAUUGGGAGAGUGUGUUGUCUGAGUCACCAGGUGAAGAUCAUUCCAUUCUCAAGUUGAUUAUGGGGGACAUUGAGGACCCAUCUGUGGGUUUGACCAAGCUUUUGCAGGGUGGAAGUGCCUCUCAGGAUGUUGAAUUGAAUGGGCUUGGAGUGGGUUUUGGUUUGGUGAAUCAAAGUUCUGUGCUUGACCCCAUUCCUAGUGUCAACUUUGUGAGCAGCAGCAUUGACCCUUCUGGUCCUGGGAAUUGUGCUGAUUUCCCUUUCAAUUCCCACAGUAAUGUUAGCCCUAAUGUUCCCAGUGUUGGUUCUGGUCUGAAUCCAAACCCUACAGGAUUCCCUACUUCAGCUAGCAAUCUCUCACAAGUUUCACUCCCUCAGGGUGUGUUUCAGCCACAGCAACAACAGCAUCAACCAAUAGAACCUCUGGAUGAGAAGCUACAGGUUCUCAAUCCCCAGUUCAUUUUGUACCAAAAUCAGUCUCAGUUUAUGCCAAACCCGGGUUUAGUUUUGCCUUUGACAUAUGCCCAGCUGCAAGAACAUCAUCAGCUUCUCCCUCAGCCUCCGGCGAAACGCCUGAAUUGUGGCCCAAAUUAUCAGGUUCCAAAGACACCCUUUUUGGAUUCUGGUCAAGAGCUGUUACUUCGGAGGCAGCAACAGCAGCUCCAACUGCUUCCUCACCAUCUGCUGCAGAGGCCAUCCAUGGUGGUGGCACCAAAGCAGAAAAUGGUGAACUCCGGCAGCGAAGACUUGGCGACCCAUCAGCUUCAACAGGCUAUAACUGAACAGCUUUUCAAAGCUGCAGAGCUGAUCGAUGCCGGUAAUCUGGAACUCGCGCAUGGGAUAUUGGCGCGGCUCAAUCACCAACUUUCUCCCAUUGGGAAGCCUUUUCAGAGGGCUGCUUUUUAUUUCAAAGAGGCCUUGCAAUUACUUCUCCAUCCAAAUGCCAACAACAGUUCUUUCACCUUCUCACCCACUGGCCUUUUGCUCAAGAUUGGUGCUUACAAGUCAUUCUCAGAAAUCUCACCAGUUCUGCAGUUCGCCAAUUUCACUUGUAACCAAGCACUGCUUGAAGCUGUGGAAGGGUUUGAUCGCAUUCACAUAAUAGAUUUUGAUAUUGGGCUUGGUGGACAGUGGUCUUCUUUCAUGCAAGAGUUAGCACUCAGGAAUGGCAGUGCACCUGAACUCAAGAUCACUGCAUUUGUGUCACCCUCCCACCAUGAUGAAAUUGAGCUCAGUUUCUCUCAGGAGAGUUUGAAGCAAUAUGCUGGGGAGUUACACAUGUCCUUUGAGCUUGAGAUUCUGAGCCUUGAAUCUUUAAAUUCUGCUUCCUGGCCCCAGCCACUUCGUGACUGUGAAGCUGUAGUGGUUAACAUGCCUAUUGGCUCUUUCUCAAAUUACCCAUCAUAUCUACCUUUGGUCCUUCGCUUUGUGAAGCAGCUCAUGCCAAAAAUUGUGGUUACAUUGGAUAGAAGUUGUGAUCGAACUGAUGCACCAUUUCCUCAGCAUCUGAUUUUUGCACUUCAGUCUUAUUCAGGGCUGCUUGAGUCACUUGAUGCGGUUAAUGUUCACCCAGAUGUCCUUCAGAUGAUUGAGAAGUAUUAUCUUCAGCCAUCAAUGGAGAAGCUUGUCUUGGGUCGACAUGGUUUGCAGGAAAGAGCACUUCCUUGGAAAAACCUUCUCUUGUCAUCUGGGUUUUCACCAUUGACCUUUAGUAACUUUACAGAAUCCCAGGCAGAGUGUUUGGUGCAGAGGACUCCUAGUAAGGGGUUCCAUGUUGAGAAGAGGCAGUCUUCCCUUGUUCUUUGCUGGCAAAGGAAGGAUCUCAUCUCAGUUUCAACUUGGAGAUGCUAAGCAGAGCCAUUUUGCACCUUUGAACUACCAAUUUAAUUUUAAAUUCUAAAGUGCUACAUAACUUACAGCUUCUAUUGAUCUUUCUUGCUUGAAUUUGCCUUGUCUAUGGUUCUAUGCUAAUUGUCUGUUUUUAGGAUUUAUUAUUUUCAGUUAAGGAAGGGAAGUGAACAUAUUAAUUAGCAACUGAAUGACGAUUUAUGAGCGUGAUAUGCAGUGUAUUAUUAUAAAUAGGGGCAUUCUAUAUAUGCAUUUUGUCCUGUUUUAAUUGCCUAAA